AUGGCUGGCUACUAUAGAAAAUUUUUGAAUAAUUUUGCGGAAAUUGCCGAUUCUCUUUAUAAGAUUGUCAACAAAGAAAAAUGGGCUUGGAACCUAGAACACUCUAAAAGUUUUAAUGAUCUAAAGAAGUUAAUUAGUCUUCCACCUGCUUUGACAUAUUUUAACCCUGAAUUACCUAUAGGGAUAGCCACUGACGCAUCAAAAUGUGGUUUAGGAGCUGUACUAUUACAUAUUGAAAAAGAUGGUAAAGAAAAACCUAUAGCUUUCGCGUCGAGAACUUUAUUAAAGUCUGAAAUGAACUAUACCAAUAUUGAGCGUGAGGCUCUCGCUAUAAUUAUAAUUAAAGAUUGUCUUUACAAAAGCAAUAAAAUCAUAAUUCCGUCUUCUAUGAGAAAAACUGAAGGUCAAUUGGGAGCAGGAAAAAUCAAAUCCUUAGCCAAAGAUUACAUGUGGUGGCCUGGCAUAAAUAAUGAUAUCGUUAUGGAACAAUCCAAUGGCCAGGUUGAACGCAUGGUUAGAACGUUCAAAACACAUAUGAAAAGGAAUAUUAAAAUAGACCCAGAUAUCGCACUUAGCAAAUUUUUACUUAAUUACAGAAAUACGCGUAAUGAUACUACAGGAGUUACACCAUCACAGAGAAUGUUUAAUCGAGAUAUUAGAAUUAAAUGGGACUUAUUAAAACAGAUGGAGGAGAAGGAGAAUAAAAUAAAAGUUACUUUACCACGAAAUAGAACUUUUAACGUAGGAGAUUUUGUUUGGUAUAAAGUACAAGGUGAUGAUAAAUGGUGA